CAAAGGGUCAGGAUGACCUAAAGUCAUCAUGCUUUGUCCGUUGUCAUGCAUAAAGUUUUCCUUCAAAUUAAUUCUUCUCAAUAACCAUGCAGAAGGCCAUGGUACUGAUAUUGGAUAGAGAAGAGUAAAAAUGACAUCAUUGGAAACUAUUACAGCUCUCAAGGGGAUGGCCUCAGAUCCAAAGAAAAGAAGUUUCCUUCUCAAGGAUGUGACUUGUAUUGGAGGUCUUGUCAUGGUGUUGUCUAAUCCAGAUGUCAAAGUGGUUACGGUUGCCCUUGAGACACUGCUUUUGUUGGCGGAUAGAGCAGACCACAGAGCAACAUUAAGAGAUUUUAUUGGAAUGACUGACCAGCUGGAGACAAUCAUGAGGAGAUCAUCUUAUGACAGAAAAGCAACAAGCUUGACAGAAAAGCUGUAUGUAACAUUGACUCAAGUUGACCUACAAACACCACUGAAGGAUACCUUGAACAAAUCAUCCAUGUCUGGACAGUCGAGUAAGAAAAGUAGCACUUCUAAGAACAACCGAAGUGUGUUAAAUGGGAAGUCAAAACACAUCAUCCUGCAGAUCAGAGGGCUCAUUGACAAGGCUGAUCGGGAACUAGUGAUGCGUCUGCUCCUACAAGUCAAAGGAGUUGUCAGCAUUACAUUUGAUCUCAACAAGAAGAGGUGCAUCCUCAGGACGAAACAGGAAACUAAACCAGAGACUUUAGUACAGGCUAUUGCAAAAUCCCAAACAAUGACAGCUCAGCAAGUCAUUAAAGAUGAUAAUGGUGAAGAGAUGCUGCUGUCAUUUGGGUCAAAUCAUCAGGAUAUGGACAAGGAGAAUACAACCUUACCAGACUACCUACCUGAUGAAGUAGACAGCCCCACCCAGGAUGGCAAGACAAUGGCUCGUGUGGGAAAUGAUGGCGACAAAAAAUCUUCUGGAUGGCUCAGUACUGCUGCCAGUUUCCUCACUAAUUCAUUCUACUGGUGAAAUCAGAAACUGACCUCUCAACUUUGUGCCAAUUCUUA